AUGUCAUAUGCAACUCAGUUUCACAUAAAUAUCACUGUUGAACUGCAGUAUGAAGGGUUACUGGGAUUAGUGUUGUUUUUUGCUCUGUCUACUGUGCCAUCCUGUGUGUUUCUGUUCAUUAAUGGAACCAUGUUAUUUACUUUGAGGAGUAAACCAGUGUUUCGCAAGACCUCCCGUUACAUUCUUCUAUUUAACCUCCUUCUUGCAGAUACUGCACAGCUGGUACAAAGUCAAGUACUGUACCUACUGGCUGUUAGUAGAAUAAAAUUAACAUACCCUGUUUGUGGCGUUCUCACCCAUUUCACCAGUCUCACAGGUGGGAUUUCUCCUCUCACACUAGUACUGAUGUCUCUGGAGAGAUAUGUAGCUGUGUGCUACCCACUGAGGCACGCUACCAUCAUCACCAUCAGAAACACAGUUUUCAGUUCACUAAAUGUCCUCACUCAAAUUCUUUUGUUAUUAGAUUUUCCAUUUAAAGACCUGGAGAGCCUGCAGAUGAAGGACUUUUGCUCUGGCAUAGCUAUGCUGAUUGGGCCCUUAUCUGAUGAAUACAACAAAGCCUACAAUUGCUUUGUGUUUGUUUCAGCUGGUGUGGCAAUCAUUACUUCCUACAUUGGUGUGAUGGUAGCAGCCAGGUCAGCCUCUACAGACAAAGCUUCAGCUCGUAAGGCUCGUAACACACUGCUGCUGCAUCUGGUGCAGCUGGGUCUCAGUCUUUCCGCGACCACCUCAAUUCCAUUACACAUACUUUCAAAAAUCAUGACAAGGGUAGUUUUUUUGCGUAUCCACAGUUUAUUUUAUGUGUAUAUUAUCAUCCUCCCUAAAAAAGUUCUCUCAUUUAUGUGCUCAUUGAUCAGACCCGCUCUCAUGUACCAUCUAUGCUGUCAACUGAGAGGCUGA